ACACUGUGUGGCGUCCCUCAAAUCCAACUCCAUGGAUCUCGAGUUUAUAUUCUCACUUUUCCUUUCAUGAUUUAUGGAUCGUGGAUCGAUGGAUUACAGAGCAAUUGGCCAAAGUAGGGAAUAUGAAGGUGUUUCAUAUUUAGUUUCUGACUUCUCUACAAUGUCUUUCUAAAAUAGUGCUGCUGACAGAGGUCACUAAAAGGAGUUGUGAAAGGACGUGAAGGCGAACAUCAUCUGCUGGACUGUACCGCUAGCGUCACGGACAAUGUUCUCGGCAACGGGAAAGCGUUGUUUUACCAUUGAGUCUUUGGUGGCGAAGGAAAGCCCCCUUACACCAGAAGACCCCAUUCGCCCUACCGCCCUAAGCUACACGGCGCCUGCUGACAGUUUUCUUAACGGGUAUCAAAGCCCCGCAGGCCGCGCGCUCUUUCCAAACCCCGAGCUGGUGUUUUCCGAGACUGUGAACCAUGCACCUCUCAGCAUGCACCCACACCAGCUCGGCAGCACACACCUCCAGCACCCGCACUUCUUUGGCACGCAGCACCGUGAACCACUGAAUUUCUAUCCGUGGGUCUUAAGGAACAGGUUUUUUGGCCAUCGGUUUCAAGGAAGCGAGGUCUCACAGGACACGCUGUUAUUACACGGCCCUUUCGCGAGGAAGCCGAAGCGGAUCCGCACCGCGUUCUCGCCCUCUCAGCUGCUGCGCCUGGAGCGAGCCUUCGAGAAGAACCAUUAUGUGGUCGGAGCCGAGCGGAAACAGCUCGCUAACAGCCUCAGUCUGUCUGAGACUCAGGUGAAAGUGUGGUUCCAGAACCGCAGGACCAAGUAUAAGAGGCAGAAGCUGGAAGAAGAAGGCCCAGAGUGCACACAGAAGAAGAAGGGAAACCACCACAUGAACCGCUGGAGGAUUGCCACCAAACAGACCGGAUCUGAGGACAUAGAUGUCAUGUCUGACGCCUAAGACCAACCUAAACACUGCCCAAAUGAACACACAAUACCAAGAAAAGCACUAUUUAUUUAAUGUUAUUAGUCAUAUCCCAGAUUCUAAACCUAUCUGCAGAGAACCUGACCACAUUGUGAGUUAAGGAUGAAUUAAACAGGUCUACACCCAGGACUGAACACUAUAGUUGUUUAACAUACCUCUGCUGGAAUUAUCCAAUGUUUCAGACAUGCAUCACCUGUAAGAAGAAAUCAUAUUAUAUAUGACUGUCUUUCUGAUGUUCUUUUUUUUUUAUUUGUGGAAGAAAUUCUAUUUAAAACUAACAAUGAAGUUAAUUUUCACAAGUCAAUAUUUUUAAUUCUGAUUAUUUUCUUGUUUCUUUGUAUAGUCGGUUACUAAUAUGGACAUUUUUAUUAAUUUCAACAUGAUGUUGCCUUCAUUUAUCAAAAGAAUAUUAAGUUCCAAAUGCUUUAAGACAUGCUGAUGAAACUGGUGGCAGAUUUAGGAAAUUAUAGCAACUAGAUUGAAAUAAGUUAAGUGAUGUGAGGAAUCAGUUUACUAGCCAGUUUUAACAUGAGCCAUCCUGUACCACAGCAUAGAGGCAGGGGUGUAUGUGUCUGUGUACAUAAUGCUCUCUGUAUCUAAAGGAGUGUAGGAAUUGGUGUUAGAGUGUUCGAGUGUAACGGGAUGAGUGUGUGCUUGUGUGAGUGAUUUGCAUGAUGUCAUUCAAUAGGCCUACUGGUAAAUACAGGCUGAUGUAUGCAGGUUUCUCUGUAACACUCAUAAACUAAAGCGAAUGUUUGCCAAUUUACACAUUAGCUUCUUUAUAGUGUUCAUUCAUCUCAUUUUCAAGCAAAACAUGAUCAAAAAUGUCCAUAAUUAAUAAAGAUGUUUCAGA